CAUCAUCAUCAGUGUGGCGGACGCCAUAACAAGGAGGAACGCCAAACAAAAUGUCGGAUGAAGUGGAGGCGCCUGAACAGAUCAAAUCCGCUCCCGGGGAUGGAGGAAACACCGAAAGUGACAACGAUGUUGGUCCAGGGCCUCACAUGUCGAUGAGGGGACGAGGAGGAUUUAGAGGGAGAGGCCGAGGCUUCGGUCCAAUGGGGCCGAUGGGACCAAUGGGUCCCAUGGGGCCUAUGGGUCCAAGAGGACCUGGUGGACCAGGAGGACCAGGACCAGGUGGACCGCGGUUUAGAGGACGAGGUGGGCCAGGAUUCAGGCCACCACCUCCAGGAUUUAGAGGCCCACCACCAUUUGGAUCCAGAGGACCACGAUUUGGACCGAGGGGCCCACCACCACCAUUCGAUCCAAAUUGGGGACCCAUGCCUCCACCACCGCCUGGAAUGGGUGGGCCUAUGGGACCCCCUGGAAUGCCCCCAAUGGGACCAAUGGGGCCCAUGGGACCAAUGGGUCCACCAGGUCCUUGGGGACCAAUGGGAGGACCACCUGGUCCAGGAGGGCCACCAAAUCAGCAACCCAACCAGAAUCAGCAGAAUUCGUUCGGUGGCAUGGACCUGAGCGGGGAGAUUUGGGUCGAAACAAAAACGGGCGAGGGCAAGUCGUACUACUACAACGCUCGCACUAGAGAGACUACUUGGACGAAGCCUGAGGGUGAAGGGAUCAAAAUUCUUACACAGCAAGAAGUUGAAGCUAUGGCCCAGGCAGCUGGGGUAACUCCCCCAAAUCAGGGAGGUGGUAACAAUGCUUUGACAAAUGCCGGAGGUAAUGCUGGCAACAGCAACCAAGGGCCAGGGGGCUCAAACGCUCCUCCGCAAGAAAAUGGCGAGCAGGACGAUCAGGAUGAUGACGGAGGAGGUGGUGGUGGUGGAGGGGGAGGCGGCAGCGGCCCCAAUUGGCAGGGACCGCCAGGUCAGUGGGGCCCUCCAGGAGGUGGUAUGGGACCACCGCCAGGAGGCCCUCCAUUCGGAAUGCCCCCAGGAGGCCCAUACCCAGGAGGACCUGGUGGUCCACCACCGUAUGGCAUGCCCCCAGGACCCCCAGGAUUUGGCCCAGGGUUUGGUUCGGGUUUUGGUCCUGGGCCAGGCCCUGGAUGGAACGGCUACCACGGACCAGGAAUGCCCCCUGGACCUCCCAUGGGUCCCCCAGGAUGGGGUAUGCCACCGCCCGGAAUGGGAGGGAUGCCCCCGCAGGGGGGAAUGCCAGGCCCUGGCCCAGGUCACAUGGGUGACCACCAGCAGCCGCCCCCUCAGACGCAGCAGCAGCAGCAGCAGCCUCCUCAGUCACAGCAGCCGCCUCAGAGCCAGCAGCAGCAACAGCCGCCUCCAACCUCACAGCAACAGUCGCAGCAGCAGCAACAGCCUCAGCAGCAGCAUGAAUCCGAACCUCUUUCAGGGCCUGAGGGAGCAUCGUCUGGGUUAGGCAACACGGGAACUAGCAUUCCAGGAACUGAGAGCGUCGGCACAGCGAACAGUGGGGCUGUCGUCGUUGGCAACAGUACGACGAUCGUGACCCAGGGAGCACCUUCGUCUACAAUGGACGACUCCAUAGAUCCAGAUCUUGUGGCCCAGGCAGCGAAUUGGACAGAACAUAAGGCCCCCGAUGGAAGAGGCUACUAUUACAAUUCAAAGACGCAGGAGUCUGUUUGGGAGAAACCUCAGCCCUUGAAAGAUUUGGAAGCUGCCAGGUUGGCACUCGCUCAAGGCAUUAGUCUGGGAGUCAGUUCUGGCCCUGGAGCUCCAGGCACAGAGUCGGAGGCGUCACAGGACAGCACUACAGCCAAAGUCAAUGGCGAGAGAGCUUUGUCUCCUGAGAACAAAGACACUCCAAUGGAAGUGGAUAAUGAAGAUUCUAAGGGUGCAGAAGCAGAAGAACAGAAAACUCAGCAAGAUUUAAGCCGGCCAGUUUCUUCACAACCUGUCUCUGGUACACCAUGGUGUGUGGUCUGGACUGGUGAUGGCAGGGUCUUCUUUUAUAAUCCCACUACAAAAACAUCAGUUUGGGAGAAACCUCCAGACUUAGCAGAUCGGGCAGAUGUUGAAAAAAUGGUGAAUAACCCUCCAGCAGAAGUAGUAGGCAUGAAGAACAAGGCUGAGGAACCAUCAAAGGACGAGCCAGUUUCCAAAAAGCCACGUACAGAAACCCCCAUGACGGCAACUGCACCACCCGGUUUACAGCCACAGAUAAUAGCUCAGACUGGAAAGGAUGAAAUAAAACGCAUCGACAUAGGAAAGGAGGCUGCCAUUGAGGCUGAAGUAAAGGCUGCCAGGGAACGUGCCAUUGUUCCACUGGAGAUUCGUAUGAAACAGUUCCGAGACCUUUUGGCUGAAAAAGGGGUAUCAGCAUUCAGCUCUUGGGAAAAGGAGCUCUCAAAAAUCGUUUUUGAUCCCCGGUAUCUUUUGUUGACAUCGCGAGAAAGGAAACAGGUGUUUGAAAAGUAUGUUAAGGAGCGGGCAGAGGAAGAACGUCGUGAAAAGCGGAACAAGCUGAAGGAGCGGAAAGAUGAAUUCCGGAGGCUGUUGGAAGAGGCUGGACUCAACGGGAAAUCCUCCUUUACGGACUUCAUGACAAAGUACAGCAAGGACGACCGCUUCCGCAACAUUGAAAAGAUGAGGGAGAGGGAGUCCCUGUUUGACGAGUUCCUGCUGGAAGUGCGACGCAGAGAGAAGGAAGAGAAGGCGGCCAAGCGAGAGCAGAUCAAAAAGGACUAUUUUAUCAUGCUGAAGGAAGCAGAUAUUGACCGCCACAGUAGGUGGUCAGAUGUCAAACGCAAGCUGGAGAGCGAUAGCAGAUUCAAAGCUGUUGAAUCCAGCGUUCAGCGCGAGGAUUGGUUCCGUGAUUAUCUGAUUAAGGUGAAGGAAGAAAGACGAAGGUCCCGGGACCGUUCCAGAGACCGGGACAGGGAUCGCGAUAGGGACAGGGAACGAGACCGUCAUGAUAAUGACCGUGACCGUAGAGAUCGGUCCAGAGACAGAGAUCGUCACGACAGGUCUCGUGACAGAGAGAAAAAGACUAGGGACUCCCGUGAGAGGGAGAAAUCCAAGGAUAGAAAGGAGAAGAAGAGAGAGAAGAAGGACAGGGACAGAGAUAACAAGGAAAAGGACAGAGAUAAGGAUAAAGAGAAGGAAGAGAAGAAGGAGAAAAUCAAAGACACCAAUAAAGAGGAAGUCCAUGAUACUUCUCGGGAGGAAGGAGAAGAUGUUGAAGAAAACCAUAAGAGUGAGGGAGAAGACACAGGCAGCGAUGUCCACGAGGACAGAGAAGAUGGGGAAGCGAACGAAGCGGCCGAAGAGGAGGAGAGGGAGCGGCAGCGUAGAAUUGAGGAGUCUCUUCGGAAGAGGGAGGAAGAAGUGCAGAGAACGCUGGCUGGCCACCUGCGUGACAGAGACAAGGAACGCAUGCAGCAUAAGCACGACGAAGCUGUUCACAAUUUCAAUGCAUUAUUGGCUGAUCUAGUGCGUAGUACUGAUUACACCUGGAAGGAAGCCAAGAAGUCUCUGAAGAAAGAUUCUCGGUGGGAAUCAGCAGCUGCCUUGGAGCGGGAUGAAAAGGAAAAGCUUUUUAACACCCAUGUAGAAAAUCUCACAAAGAGGAAGCGAGAGAAAUUCAGGGAAUUACUGGAGGAGUUACCUGAACUGAAUUUAGAUUCAAACUGGAAAGACCUGAAAAAGGAACUGAAGGACGACCCCCGUUACACCAAGUUUUCGUCUUCUGAUAAAAAGUGUGAACGUGAAUUUAGGGAAUAUUUGAAGGAUAAGCUAGUGGCAGCCAAAGCAGACUUUAGGGAACUUUUGAAGGAAACAAAAAGUAUCACUCACCGCUCACUAAAGCUAUGUGGCGAGGGAGAACAGCACAUGAGGGACGUUGUAGAAGUAUUACGUAAAGAUCGACGAUACCUCGUGCUUGACUGCCAGCCCGAAGAACGUACCAAAAUCCUGAUGGCCUACAUGGAGGAGCUGGAAAAGAGGGGCCCUCCGCCGCCUCCCACAGCAUCAGAGCCCACCAGACGGUAAAGGCAGUAUAGAAGGGACAAAUACAUCUAUCGUUGGUCUGAUCCUCUUGCAGAGGCCUUCUAAGACAGUUUUCACCAGAUUCGCAAGUCUCAAGACUGGAGCACCUUCGUGUUUUGGUAGUUUGGCAACAAAUAUCGAAUUGAGGCUGUGCUUCUUUCUUUCAAGUAGUUCCUUACUGUGUAGCAGUAGGUUUUAAAAUCUCAGAACAGUAGUGAAUUUGUAUGACUAAGGGAAGUGUGCAGAGAUGUACUUCUAUUACAGAUGUGAUCGUUAAUUUGCUGAUGACUAAAACGUCAAGAGAGGCUUGCCAAUGAACUGGUCAAGAUGAUAACUUAAAUGUGCAAGGGGUGCUAGUGUUUGUAAGUGAUAUUGGCCUUGAUGAAAUGACUGUUUAAGUAAUUUUUAAGGACUACUAAAUACUGAUACCAAGAUGUAGAAAGUAUUGUUGCUGAGGAAUUUUGUAUGUUAUUACAAAAUACAGCAUUAAAAAAAAACAAGGAUUUUACUAUGGUUAAAUUUUUUUUUUUUUUCUAAACAUUGGUACAACUUGAAUAUCAUGAAGUAAGUAGUGUACAGGAGUUCUCUUAGAUAGACAAUGAAAUGACAUAAUUUAAAUGAAUAGACUCCAGUGAAGUUGACGUGAUUUUGAGUGAGUUGAUGUCUUAUACUGUACAUUAAUGGAGUUGACAGACAGUGUGCGCCGAUGUCUUGCGUUUAUAAACGGAGGUGGGUAUUUUGUUUUACAGAAGUGGUGUGAUUGAAAAAAAGAUUUAUGUGACUUGACGACGGAACAGGGGUGUGAAAAUAAAACAUGAUAAUGAUUAAGGGAUAGUGUUGGCAUAUUUCAAAAUUUAAUAGCAGUUGAAAAGUAGCAAGCUAUAGAGGAAUAUUGCAGUUCCUUUCAAGAUUUGUAACAUUCCUCAUCGCUGUUCAAUUUCUAUUUUUUAAGCAGUGUUAUGUGUUAAACAACAAACUUUUAUCCACAUUGAUAAUUGUUUUACAUGUUCAGCUAUUUCAUGCUGUUGCGUUUAUUAUGUAGUGUAGUGUAAGGCAAUCUCUGGAAAGCUGUUAAAAUUCUUGCUUCAGUUAGGUAAGUAUUGCUCGUUAGUAGUGUGUUAUAACUUUCCUUGGCUUCGUUUUCCCUCCAGGGGUAAGCAAUAAUUUACAGUUUUGAAAUAUGUCCUAGUAAAUGAGCAUUUACAACCCUUAGGGCUUGAAAAAGGCUAGUUUUCACUCAAAUGUAAAGUGUAUUGAUGGUAACACGAACUGCACUUCAUUGUGUUUCACGAGUUUCGUCAGCAGUUACUCUUUUAGCUUUCAGUAUCAUUCAUUCAUUUUUUGUUUCUCUGAUUGCCAUUAUUUUUAUUUUUGAGGAGCGGAGCAGACAAGAGAGAGAUGAAGAUCAGUGAAAUUGCUCUUCCAAGGCAGGAGGUUAUCUCUCUCGUUUUAAGGAAUUAAUUUUCUCUUCUAAAUCACCUAGUACAAAAAAAAUAGUGUUGUGUUGGAGUAGUAUAUAAAGAAAAACCAUACAUUUCUUACUUAUAAGAUAAGCACGUUUUGAUAAAUUUUGGAUUUGACAUGAAGAUUUGUCUGUUUGAAUCAGGUUCCCGGUUAGUUUUCAAGACGUAGGUAGGAUAGAAUAGGUAGUUGCGUAGGAAAGUUAUCAAGUUCCGUUCGUUUCCAUUACUUCAUUUGAUGCCAUUGUUUAGUUCCUGUUCUCAUCAGUUCCAUUUUUUAAUGUUCAUGUCACGCAAAGUUAGCACAAAAUUUAGAAAGGGCACAUGACUAUUUAUUUUUAUCCGAACUCCAUACUCACUUUCUCUGGUGCAUUUCAAAUUAUCAGUGUGAUGUUCAUGCUUGCUGUGUUGUUAGUGUAACAAUCUUGAGGAUGUAGGCUUUUUUUUAUAGGUGACUUUUAUGUUUGCCAGUUGCAAGUCUUUGUUGUAACAGAAUUUAUCAAAACAAAGUUUAUAGAAUAAACUUGUCAUAUAUCUUGGGUUUUUUUUUGUGUGACUUCCUUUCAUCCUAUUAUCUUUAAGCGAAUGGUGGAAAAGGCAGAGUGAAUGAAUCUGCCAAAUGCAGGUCACUGAUGUAACUGUAAAGGAUAACUUUGUGUAAUAAACUGGACAUAUUUC